AAGCGCCCCCGCGGGCGGGGCGGAAGAUGGCGGCGGCGAAGCGCAGCGUCCUGUCCUCGCUGGCGGUUUACGCCGAGGACUCGGACCCAGAGUCGGACAGCGAGGCCGGCACGGCGGGGAGCGACGGGGGAGCGCCUGCGGGUGAGAAAGGAGGCCUGGUCUCGGUUGGGUACGGAGAAGAUGACUUCACCCGCGUGGAUGGGGACGAGGAAGGGUACGAAGAGGAGGACGAUGAGAACAGCAGGCAGUCAGAAGAUGACGAUUCAGAGACUGAAAAACCUGAGGCUGGUGACCUAAAGGAAUUCUCAGAAGUGGAGAAAAGAGAUCCUCAGGAGCUAGUUGCUUCUUUUUCAGAGAGAGUGCGGAACAUGUCUCCAGAUGAGAUCAAAAUCCCUCCUGAGCCUCCUGGCAGAUGUUCUAACCAGUUGCAGGAUAAAAUUCAAAAGCUGUAUGAGAGGAAAAUGAAAGAGGGCAUGGAUAUGAACUACAUCAUCCAGAGGAAAAAGGAGUUUCGCAACCCCAGCAUCUAUGAAAAGCUGAUCCAGUUUUGUUCCAUUGAUGAACUUGGUACAAAUUAUCCAAAGGACAUGUUUGACCCUCAUGGCUGGUCAGAGGAUUCGUAUUACGAGGCACUAGCCAAAGCCCAGAAGAUUGAAAUGGACAAACUGGAGAAGGCCAAGAAGGAACGCACAAAGAUUGAAUUUGUGACUGGCACUAAAAAGGGUACAACAACAAGCGCCACUUCUACAACCACCACAACAGCCAGUACCACUGUGGGAGAUGCCCAGAAGAGGAAGAGCAAGUGGGACUCUGCCAUCCCCGUAACAACGAUAGCUCAGCCCACCAUCCUCACCACCACUGCCACACUGCCAGGGGUUGUCACAGUGACAACCAGCGCGAGUGGAUCCAAAACCACGGUGAUAUCAGCUGUGGGCACCAUUGUGAAGAAGGCCAAGCAGUGACUGGUGUGCUGGGCCUGGAUUUUUGGACUUGUUUAUCAUUGAAGCCAUUGUUCUCAGAAGGGAGGGGUAGCUUUCGCCUUUGGUAAAGGAUGGCAAGAUUCUUUGGAACAGACCACAGUUCCCCUUUGGAAGACUGGGGGCAGGAGCAGGAGCAGGCAUGCCAGCUGUGUGCCCACAGGAAUGGACCUCUGCCCGCAAUGCCUCUGCCUUUGCUUGCUGUGGGAAGAACCAGCCUGUGUGUUGUGCUGGAGGAAGGUGGUAUCUGGAGUCAGCUUGUAAAAGUUUGCUUAUUAAUUACUGCAUUAGGGUCUUACCUACUUGCAAGUUUGGUUUAGGGGGCAAAAAAAAAAGAAAAUAAAAUAAAAGGGCAAGUAGUACAGGACUAUCUGUGUUAUCCUUGUGUGUUCCAGGUCGUGCUCCAGGCUUGCAGCCUGUGAUAGGUGCUGCCCUCUGUACUCCAGCUCAAUUCUGAGGGAGUUAAAGCAGAGACAACUGCUCAGUGUCCACGUUCAGAUGUGUAGCAGAGACCUGAAGCAAUCUACAUCUGUGAUUGCUCACCCUUUGUCCCAGCACUGCCACCUGUACCCGUGUGCUCUCUGUGUAGAUCUUGGUGACCACGUGUGAAGUUGUUGAACUGUUGAGGGAACUGUGCUGGAACAGUCCUGUUAUCGUCUCCCAAGGAUGAAGAUUUCUAUGCAGAACCCUUAAGCUGUAGAGGUUUGAUCUGUGAACUCAUUUGCAAAGACCUUUGCAAAAAAUACUUCCAUUGCCACGGAAUGAGAUUGGACAGCAGAUAAGCAGAGGAGAGUGUCUGAUCCUAAUUGUGAUGUUGUCAGUCUUUGUACUAGCUCGUGAUGUUCUGUGAAUGCACACAUGGCAGUUACUGCUUGCUCCACUGUUGUGAUAAAGUAUUUUCAGUUGAAAAUUUUAUUGUAUAAAAAUUUAAAAGUCUAUAAAAAAAACCUGGUGUCAUUCAUGUGUCUGCAUUUCUGUUAAGGUAAAUUCCUGCCCAGAGCCUGUUUUUUCUAGUGCUCAAGCAGUGAUAGGAGAGAUGUUUGCCAGAUCAGUAGAAGUGUAAAUUUCUGACAAUUCAGUGGGGUUUUUUUUCAGUUUUUUAUGUAACUUAAUGUCACUCUUGAUCGAGACUUUGCAUUUAUGGAGACUUAAGGUAGAAAUAAGGGGUCAAUAUUCUGCUUUUAGAUAAUUUUAAAACAUGUUAAACACUUUGUCCUAGCAGUCAUUUUACCUUUAAAAAAAGCAUCUGCAUAUCCAGAAAUGCUCACGGGAGAUAAACCGGGGGACUGAUGGAACUAUAGCGUGGGGAGUUGGGGAGAUGGUGGAGUCACUCUUUUAAAGCAAUAAAAUAUUCAAAGGCAUGAAAAUA